UCACUACGUUGCUACCUAACCACAGCGGAAAUGAGGUCACUAUCGUCAAGAGUUUGUGUGAAUUUGAUCGAUUGUUAUUUCCGGUUUACAACCAUGUAAAAGUUGACAAGAAUUACGGCGAAUAACAGAAGUUUUUGAAGUUUUUAUGACGAACUAUGAUACUUCAUCAAUGAAUCAUGGAGUCGUCUGACGAGUCUGACUUAGACGGGUUUGACGAACAGGACAUCGACGAGGCAAACGCGAGAUGUAUGUUAAAACAGCAAGAACUUGAACAGGUUGAAUCAUAUAACGAAUCAGAUAUUGAUAUUUCCGAUAAUUCUGAUGAUGAGGAGGAGGAUACUGCCGACUUCAGUGACAAUGAAAACGAAAGUGAAAAUGGUGGCGACCCAUAUUUAGACAAUUUGAACUUUGAAUGGACUCGUACAUUAACGGAGGUAAUUUUGCCAGAUUUCAAUGAACCUACCGGAGUUAAACAUGGCCUUCCGUCUGAUGCAAACCAACUUCAGUAUUUUCAAAGGUUUUUACCUCAAAGUUUCUUUGAAACUGUAGCAGAUGAGACAAAUAGAUACGCUCAACAGAAAGGACCGGAUCCAAGAUGGACGCCGACAUCGGCCGCGGAGGUAAGGGCUUUCAUUUCAAUAAACAUUAUGAUGGGUGUGCGCCGGCUCCCUAGACUUGCGAAUUAUUGGAGCACUGAUAAACGAUUUUCAGACCCCUAUAUUAGCUCCAUAUUUCCAAAGAGUAGAUUCCUCAUCAUGAAUAGAUACAUUCACCUGCGUGACACCAGCAAUGUUCCGGGAAGGAAUGAUCCCGACUAUGACCCAUUAUUCAAAGUGAGAAAUAUGAUAGACUUGAUAGUCCCCAAACUACAAGAAAACUACAAUCCAGGGCAGAAACUUUCUAUAGAUGAAGGCAUGAUUGGAUUUAAAGGAAGAGUUCACUUCAGGCAAUACAUGCCAGCUAAACCUACUAAAUGGGGAAUCAAAGUUUGGCAGAUAUGUGAGGCAGAUACGGCAUACUGUUGCAAGUUUCAAAUAUACACCGGAAAAAAACUUGGCGGGGAUAGGCAGUAUGGGCUAGGGUAUGAUGUAGUUUGGAGCUUGUCUGAGUCCUACCACAAUCAGAACAGACAUUUGUACUUUGAUAGAUUCUUUUCAUCAGUGACAUUGGCUGAGCAUCUAGAACUUGUGAAUACCUAUGUCUGCGGAACUAUAAUGUCAAAUAGAAAAGGUGUUCCAGAUGAUGUAAAAAAAGCGAAACUGAAAAGAAGAGGGGAGCUUGUACAGAUACAGAAAGGAAAUCUGCUUGCUACAGCCUUCAAGGAUAAAAGACAGAUAACAUUUUUGUCAACAUCUGAACAGCCAAAUAUGAACGAGGAUCUUCAUAAACCUCACGUGAAUGUCUCGUACAAUAUGUACAUGGGCGGUGUAGAUAAGUUUGACCAAAUGGCAUCCUACUAUCCAGUUGGAAGACCAGGGAAUAAGUGGUGGCGAUAUGUCAUGUGGUAUGUUGUGAACUUGGCUAUUGUAAAUGCCUGGAUCUUAUUUCAGAAAACAGAGAACAAAGAUCCCCCACCGAAGAAAUAUUACGAUCACCUACAAUUCCGUGUGGAUGUUGCUGAUCAGCUGCAAGCAGGGUUUACCUGUAGGAAAUACAGAGCAGGAAGGAGAUCUAGAAAUGAUGAAAACAUUCCUGUGCUUGGUGCCAUCAACCAUCAUAAACUAGUGAAGAUUGAGGGUCGGAAAAGGGUGUGUCGGCAAUGUUCGAAACAAGGACGCAAAACUCCAAAGGGACGUGCAGUGGAGACAUCAUUCAUGUGCCAAUUUUGUGUUAUGCCAUUGUGCAAAGUUGGUUGUUUUACUGAUUACCAUGAGAGAAAUUAAUGAAUUUUGAAUGUUGACUUGUGUGAAAAGUGCUGAAAAGAACAAAAAAACUUCACAAACUUGUUAUUUUGCCAUUUUGAAAACAUUUACCUGUAUCUUACCUGUUCUCGUUAACCUGUGUCUCACCUGAUGAGGAAUAUUCUUGAAACUUACCUUACUAAUAUUUGAGGUUACCAGUACAUCAUGGAAGUGCAUAUUUGGAGGAUAUAAACACUCAAAGAUGUUUUAUGUAGGUAUACAACUAAGAACUGAAGUUAAAUAUUUGUGCUUACUUACAUGUUAUAUGUUGCUCAUUUCAUUACCUUACCUGAGCUUACCUGAGGUAUAUAAUUAGUAACAAAUGUGUAAUUUUGUUCUUAGAAGAUUACAGAUUACUGUUAUACUUAAAAUAAGAAUGAUAACAAACACUUUCAUUCAUAUCUGAGGCAUUUAAUAACAUUUUCAUUAAUAUUUUACCUUUAAUUAGUUGUUUCACCUGUAUUAUUUACAGGUUAAUGAGAAAAUACAUGCAAUAUGAACAUAUGACCUUAAUCAGUAGGUAAUUUGCAAGUAAAGGUCCAAAUUUCAAAAAGAUCCCAUGGAUAUUUCAAAAGAUAUUGACAUUUGAAUAAAAUGAUUGAAAAAUAAAAAAUUUCAGUGAAUUAAUGUAAAUUAUACACAUGUAUACAUUGUAACUAAUGUGGC